AUGAGUUCGAUUGUGUUGGAACCAAACGAAAUUGCUGCCUACAUCGAUGGUGGAAUUGGCCAUGAUCCCACUAAGAACUUCACCACAAUUUGUACAUUUGCGAAUCAUAUUCAUUACACCAGCAUUUUCACUGGAGCAGACCCUUUGGAGUUCUCAAUUCCUCUUCUUUUCUUGCAGCUUGGAAUUUGUUCGGGAACUAUCAUCUUGUUUUCUCAGCUUCUUAAGCCCCUCGGCCAACCCCUCAUUGUCUCUCAAAUUUUGGGCGGUUUAGUUCUAGGUUCUUCUGGUCUAAGCCACAUGGAGAAAUUUAAAGAGAAGAUUUUUCCUCUGAGAGGAUUCAUUUGUCUUGAUGUGGUUUCUGCGCUUGGGUAUAUUUUUUACUACUUUCUGAUUGGUGUGCAAACAGAUAUCUCGAUUAUAAAGAAAAUUGACAUGAAAGCAUUUGGUAUUGGGUCUUGUUCUACCAUUUUGGCUAUGAUUCUCGUCACCAUUUACUCCAUGUCCUUGGCUAGUAUUGUUGAAAUAAAAAAACUCCAAUACAUUUUUGAGCUUGGUAGAUUAGAGACAUUUAUCAACUUUCCCAUGGUUGCUUCCCUUGUUUACGAGCUUCAUUUGAUAAACUCUGAGUUUGGGAGAAUUUCGUUGUCAACAUCCAUGGCUUCUACACUUCUCAGCACAUGUCUUACAUUGCUAGGAAAUAUAUUGUCUCCACAUGGUGAGACCAGACAUCAGGUCUUAUUAGAAAUUUUUUCGAUGGUGGUGCUUAUACUUGUCAUCAUUUUUUCUAUUCGACUUGCCACACUAUGGAUGGUAAAGAGGAAUUCCAUCGGACAACCACUGAAGGAAUGUUUUGUGACUACAUUGCUUUUAGGGGCGUUGGCGGUUGCCUUCUGCUGUCAGGCCUUUGGUUUGCGAAUCUAUUUUGCUUCUUUUUUUCUUGGAUUUAUAAUACCUUCAGGGCCUCCUAUUGGAUCAACAUUGGUGGACAGACUUGAUUUCAUCACCUCUUGGAUUUUCAUGCCUGUAUUCUUUGCUAGAAUAGGCCUUGCUGUCAAUAUCUACACUACUAAACUCAUUAAUUUCUUAUGCACAGCAUUCAUUGUAUUUGUUUGUGCAUUGGGGAAGUUUUUAGGUGCCUUUACCAUCUCAAUGUACUAUAAGCUUCCAAUGAGAGAUGCCAUAUCGCUUGGCCUCAUCUUGAAUAGUCAAGGAGCUUUCGAGCUUAUUACAUUUAAAAAAAAGGCAAGAGAGAAGGUGAUAAAUGAAGACGCAUUUGUAGUUGCUUGCAUAUGCAUGCUGGUUAUUGUUGCAAUCAUCACUCCGAUUGUAAGAUAUCUACUUCAUCCUUCAAGAAGAUAUAUAGUUCACAAGAGAAGAACAGUGAUGCACUCAAAACCAGAGUUUGAUCUUUGUGUAUUAGUUUGCAUUCAUGACCAAGAAGAUGUUCCAAGUGCCAUCAACCUACUCGAUGCAUUGAAUCCAACGAGACGAAGCCACCUUGUUGUGUACAUGCUUCAUCUUGUCGAGCUUCUUGGUCGUGCUCAACCGAAACUCAUACACCACAAACUUACGAAAGUUAGGACUUCAAAGUCAUGCUCUUCCGAGCCCAUUGUUAAUGCCUUCAAAUACUUUGGAGAUAGGAACAGUGAAAUUGUUGUAAUUAAUCCCUUCACUGCGAUAUCACCUUCUGCAACUAUGCAUGAUGAUGUUUGUUCGCUUGCAUUGGACAAAAUGACUUCCUUAAUUAUUGUUCCUUUUCACAAGAGAUUUCAUUCCAAUGGUAAGAUGUCAUCGUCCAAAUAUAAAAUAAAAAUGGUUAACCAUAAUAUCCUUAACAAUGCACCAUGCUCCGUCGUCCUUGUUGUUGAACGUGGAUUUUUAAAGGUCUCAAAGUCUAUUGAAAGCAAUUUGUACUCUUUUCAAGUAGCUGUAGUCUUCAUAGGUGGACCAGACGACCGUGAGGCAAUGUUCAUUGGGGCAAGAAUGGCUGGGCAUACCAAUAUAAACUUGACAAUGAUUCGACUGUUGGAGAGUGAGAAUGUCCCAAGCGAUGACGUUAAAGAAAGGAUGCUCGACGAUGAGGCAGUGGUUGAGUUUCGAAAAAUUAUAGCAGGCAACUAUAGAGUGAGGUACAUAGAAGAGGUGGUGAAGGAUGGCACUGGAACAAUCUGUAUACUACGUUCAAUGGGGAGUAAUUUUGAUCUCGUAAUGGUCGGAAGACAACAUAGCCCACGUUCGGCGUUGGUUCAAGGCUUGGUGCUCUGGAAUGAACACACUGAACUUGGGGCAAUCGGAGAGGUAUUGGCCUCUUCAGAUUUCAUGGGCAAUGCCAUGGUCUUGGUUGUACAACAACACACAAGAGUGGCGAAUGAAGGCCAAGAGAAUUCUCAAAAAACUAUUUUCAUGGAUAGUAAUGAGUAGAAGAUUAUGCAGAAGAGGUGGCAAUCCAAAGCAAGAUAUAAGAGUUGCG